AUGAGUACAAUUACAAGAUAUCUUAGACUGUCCGUCCUUAGUGAAGAGGUCGCUGCCUAUUCACCUCAGUCCGUCUUCUGUGGGCUGCCAAACGAGACAGCAGCCCGAUCCGCGAGCAACAAGUUCUCGGGCACAGGUGGCAGGGAAACAUGCCCGGUGCGGAAUUGGCAGGAUGCAGAUGACGCCGGCGUCGCCUCCCCUCGAGCUCUCCUCGUCGAAAUGCGCCACUCCGGCAGCCGAUCCGAUCCCUUGCGAGGCUCUCCAAUUGUGUUGUUGGGAGAUCUUAAAUACUUCUUUCUUUCCUUCUUUUUUUCUUUCUUUCUUUUUUCUUUCUUUCUUUCUUUCUUUCUUUCUUUCUUUCUUUCUUUCUUUCUUUUCUUCCCAACCACGAGUGAUGUGGCAGUUUGCCUUCUCUUUUCUUGGUCAGGUCCAAAGGGAAAAUUAUCUAUCUAUCUAUCUAUCAAUCUAUCUAUCUAUCUAUCUAUCUAUCUAUCUAUCUAUCUAUCUAUCUAUUAA